AGCUGGGCCUGCCCGAGUCCUUCGACAAGGAGUCACUUGUCUCCAGAGUGAAGUUGAGCCAGUCCUCGUCCAGGUCAGAGAUGUCAUCGACCCGAGUGGAGGUGGUCAACCCGGCAGCCCUGACAACCGCACUGGAGAAAACCCCAUACUCUGAGCGAAGGCACAAGCUGGAUCAACGCAGCUUUCACCUGUCAGGUCCCUGCACCGGGCGCAAGCGCCACAACUCCCGCCCCUCGUCCAGUAACUCGGAGGAGGAGGGAAAGAGCGGCACACGAAGAGGGAGGCAGGCGGUCAAGAUGAGGCCUAGGAAACUGUUUAAACCCACAGCCAAGCCCAACCUCCACGCUCAGGCCCAGGCAUGGGAGGAACAGAGCAGCUCUGACGAAGAGGAGAAGAAAGGAAAUGGAACAAAGGACAGGGCCUCGCUGGCAACCACGAAAAUAUAUCACCACAUCCAGAGCAGCAAGAGCGCUCGUGACACAGUCAUGGACGUUUCUCCGGAGGGGGACCUGAGCCGGGUGGUGUCGUCCCACAUGGUGACAUCAUCCAGCUGGGAGGCAGACAUGGAGGCCGAGGUGGAGGGUGAGCUGGGUCGCUCCCCUCACGACAUGGGCAACAUGUGUCGCCAGUUCAGCUCCGAGCUCCAGAGGAAAUUCCAGAAUCGCUCCAGACGUAUGGAGCUGUACACCAAGCAGUCUCUGAAGACCGUCCAGCAGCACGUCUCUUCCAUCAGCAUGAGAGUUAAAAACUACAGGUCUCAGAAGCUGGAACAGGUCAGGGGUGUUCUGCUGAAGGAGAUCAACAACUUGGAGGAGGACGAAUCCACUCUAAAGAACAUGGAGAAGGAACUGACUACAUACUGGAGGAAGCAGUCUGUGGCUUUCCAUUCCUACCAGGAGAAAGAGACUAGAAGACUGCAGAGCCUCAAGAGUACCUUCCAGACCGAUGUGUGUCACAGCCUGGAGUACGAGGAGAGAAUCUUCACCUCUCAGAUGUGCCUGAUGAGGAAAGACAUGAAGUCAGUUCAGGACAGACUCUUCAAGGAAAUGCAAGACGAGGAGAUAAUGAGUGUGAGGAGAGGACUACAGGCUCUUUUCCUGCCAGAGGGACCAAGAUUUUAAACCCAAAUCAAGUACCUCUGCACAUUUAUAAGAUAUGUUUGUGUUCUGUGACGUUUGCCCGUCAUUCUACGUUAGCUGUAAUCAAAUUGAAUAUAUUAAGCAUAAGUUAAAGAAAUAUAUAUACAUGCCUUAUUUAAAAAAUUAUCAAAUGUGAAUUUAUAUUAACAUAUUUUAUCAGAUCAUUUUUGUAUUUUUGCAGUGAUGUUUGACACUAAUAACUUUAUAGUUUUAACUGUCUCUCCAUAAGAGUAGUAUUUUCAAUAUAAAUAAUGCAUUUCUGUGAACAUUGUUUGAAUGGCAUUUUAUCUGUACACGGUUGCCUGCUAUUUGUUUGCUGUUAAGGUUGCCAAAGUUUAUUAAAAAC